UCUCUCUCUCUCUCUCUCUCUCUUCGUGUGUUGUUGUUGUCUCUCGGUGCAAACCAAAACCAUUACUGGGUGGUUGGUUCCUCUUUAUUUUAAAGACCGAGAAUCCAGCUUCGCCCGUCGUCCAAAUUCCAAAAUUCGUGAGCUCAUAUCAUUUCAGGAUGGGAAGGCUUAAACUGAAGAUAAAGAGAUUAGAGAACUCUAGCAAUAGACAAGUUACUUACUCGAAGCGAAGAAAUGGGAUAGUGAAGAAAGCUAAGGAAUUGUCUAUUUUGUGUGACAUUGAUAUAGUUCUUCUCAUGUUUUCCCCAACUGGAAGGCCUACUUUGUUUCAAGGGGAACGCAGUAAUUUCGAAGAGGUUAUCAUGAAGUUCGCACAAUUAACUCCUCAAGAAAGGACAAAAAGGAAAUUGGAGAGUCUUGAAGCACUGAAGAAAACUUUUAAGAAAUUGGACCAUGACGUGAAUAUACAAGAUUUUAUGCGGUCAAGCACUCCGACAGUUGAGGAUUUGACUAGUCAAGUUAGGGUAUUGCAAGCCCAACUGACAGGACUGCAAAGGAGACUGAGCUGCUGGAAUAAUCCAGAUAACAUCAACGACUUAGAACUUCUUAGACAAAUGGAAGACUUGCUUAGGGAGUCAAUCAACCGAAUACAAAUUUACAAGGAAAAUUUUGGAAAGCAGCAUCUAAUGCCAGUAACUUGCAUGAGCCAGUUUCAGAAUGAGAUUACUUUACCUCUUGUAGUGGGUGGUGUACAAGAAGCUCAAUCUGUACUAUGGAUUCCAAACAACGAAAACCGACCACUGAUAUUACCACACGAGCCAAACUUUCUACCGCAUGGGGAUGUCCAGUGCGCCACGGAUGCCUUGCUUCCAGGAUGCUCCAGUUACUUUAGCAGUGGCUGUGGCAAACAAAUGGUGGUUGGUGAUUCAGGACAGCUCAACAAUAUAGAAGAAGGGGGUUGUGCCUUGAAUGAGCUAAGUAGAAGUGGUGCCGGCUUAAGUCUAGAAUUUGGAGAACAGUACGCAUAUCCUUCGUUCGGUACUAGUACGAUGGAAGAUAAGAAAAUGAAACCCGAUGUAGAGAUGAAUCUACAAGCAACUUCUGUGGAUUAUCAAGUAAAUAGAAGUUGUGAAAUGCCUACAUCCCUAUAUGACAACACGCAGCAAACUUGGGUAUCUGCCUUUGGACCUUGCGGCCUUGCUCUACACAGCGACAACGCCUGCCAGCAGCAAUUAAAGUGAUCCUAUACAAUGAUGGCUGAAAGAGACCAUGGCUGUGGACUGGAUUUGAAGAUUAUUCUUGGGGCAAUUGCUUCUCGCUGAGUUAAUUGCUGUAUUGUCAAAAUUUGUUGUGUGGUUAUUAUCAAUCCAUGGGUUCGUAUACCAAUUUGAUCGGUUUUCUACUGCAUAUUUUAUCUGUAUAUACUGCAUAAGAAAUAUAGAUUCAUAGAUUUUUCUGUAUAUUAACUAUGUUUCCUCUUCAAUGUCAUGAGAGGAAGAGUGUAUGAUGUAAAUUUAGGUCAAAUAAUUCAU